AUGUUUGAUGUGCUGCAAGGAUUGAUCGGUUUUAUCAUUUUUUCAUCAAUUUUAUUCACCGCUUCAUUAAUUAUUUGUGAAAGUAAUUCACGACCACAACGAAGACACAAUGAGGGAAUGAGAAAUGAUAAAAAUUAUGCAAAAACUGAUACAAUUAGUCAAACUGGAAAAUUCGGCGGAAAGAAAUCACAUAGCAAAACAAUGUCUACGGAAAGCACAAAGAGGGUUGAAAAGCGAAAAGCACAGAAAUUAUUGAAAUCGAAAUCAAAAACGAACAAAUCAAGAAAGUUUUCAAAACAGAUCGAUUCAUCAACAUCGACCAAAUCUGUGGAAGAUCUUUCAAUUAGACAGAAACAAAGCAGUAGAUGGGAAAGGUUCCCAAAGCAUUCAACUACAAAUGGUUUCAUGAUUCGAAAUAUAGACGAAAAACUAAAAGAAGGAUUAAAAAUGGAGCCAAGAUUAUUAAAUUGGAAUAUCUCAGGUGGUAUUCAAAAAGUAUACUUAACAAAUCCUACUGAUGAACGGAAAGCAAUCAAGGUGAAAUGCUCGGAUAAUUAUUUGUAUCGUGUUAGUCAUGUUUAUAGUUUUGUUGAACCAGGUGAAACAGCCGGAAUUGAUAUCAUUCGUCAGAAUGGUAGUGCUAAACCUGAUAAAAUGAUUUUCCUCUGGACAAAGGCUGAGAAAAGUGACGAGAAUGCUUCAAAAUUAUUUAACAAACAUUUUUCAUAUCCGAUGGUUGUUUUACCUCUUACAGUUAACAAUCCUAUUGCAUAA